UGGCGGCCGCGGGCGGCGGCGCGGCGGGAAGCGCCGGGGCCGAGUGAGGCGGCCGCGGCUCGUCCCCACCCUGUGGCCGCGGCUUGGCGCCGGCGGGCCUUGUCGCCGCUGGGCGGCCCCGCAGUCGGGGCACGCCCGGGCCUGCUGCAGGGGCGGAGCCGUGGGCUGGCGUGAGGCUGGAGCCCGCUCGGACCUUUUCCUAUAGAUGGGAACGGGGGAAGGAGCCCAGACGUGGCAGCUCAUUCACAGGCUCCUGCAGGACCACCAUGGCUUAUGAUGGCGCCAAGAAGAAAGAAGAGUCCCUAGAGAGUCACCGAAGUGUUGACGACGGGCUGGCACCUGGCAGGAUACAGCGAGAGAAAAAGCGCUCGUACAAGGAUCUUCUGCAAGAGGAGGACGAGACAGCAACUCAGGACAGUGAGUUUUUUCCGGGGACAGAAGCUCACAAAAAGAAGAGAAAGCAUUCCUCUGAUGAGUUCUGCUACAGAGGUGUCUCACCUUUGGAUCUACCAUCAAAGAAGAAGAAAAAAGCAGCUUCUAGCCCAUCCUCAGCUGAUACAACCAUGGAUUUACUUAAGGCUAUCAACUCACCUUUGGCCACAAGCUCAAAGUCUUCAAAGAGGACCUCUGAAAAAUCAUCUCAUUCUUCCUCUGGCCAUUCUGAAAGCAGAAAGGAGCAUCCCAAGAAGAAGCUGAGUGGGAGCAGUGGGGAGCACUCAGUGGAUGACAGCAGCUCCCACAAAUCUAAAAAAAUGAAACCUCUAUACGUGAACACUGAGACACUUACUCUUCGUGAACCUGACGGCUUGAAGAUGAAGCUCAUCCUUUCACCAAAAGAGAAAAGUAGUGUAGCAGAUGAUGAUUCUUUAGCCUACUCUUCAGCACCAGCAGCUGCAAAGAAAUCUUCAAAGAAAUCAGCUCGAGAUGAGCAAGGCUCAUUCCUGCUGGGGCACGAUCUGCAGAGCUUCCUGAAGUCAUCCCGGAAAAAGCACAAACCACCUCCAGACUCACAUCCACCUUCUGAGAGUUUUGGUGCUGACACCUCUCUGCAUUCAGAGGGCCAUGGAAGUGAGUACGAGGUUUCAGGUAUGGAGGCACCACCAGAAUCUGGUUCUUCCUCUGGUGGAGAGUUGGAGGCUGGAGAGCUGGUGAUAGACGAUUCCUACCGGGAAAUCAAGAAGAAGAAGAAGUCCAAAAAAAGUAAGAAAAAAAAGGACAAGGAGAAACACAGAGAGAAGAAGCACUCCAAGUCUAAAAAGAGUUCUGGGCACUCUCCUGUGGCGGUAGCAGAAGUAAGAGUAUCACCACCACCUGCCAGUACCCCCUAUGGUGUCCCUCCACCUCCUCCUGCUGUUUUUCACUCAGAUGGUCAAGGCGAGAAGAGGAAGAAAAAGGAAGACAGGGAGAAGGACAAAGAAAGAGACAAACCAAAGAAGAAAAACAUGUCUGCUUAUCAAGUGUUCUGUAAGGAAUAUCGUACAAAUAUUGUGUCUGAGCAUCCUGGAAUAGAUUUUGGAGAGCUAAGUAAAAAACUUGCAGAAGUGUGGAAGCAGCUACCCGAGAAGGAUAAGUUGAUCUGGAAACAGAAGGCUCAGUAUCUCCAACACAAGCAGAAUAAAGCAGAGGCCACCACUGUGAAGAGAAAGGCAUCAUCUUCAGAUGGUGCUCCAAAAAUGAAAGCUUCUCCAACAGGAGUGGUUUCUCCUCACAAAAAAUCCCCCACCAGCACCGUGGUGGUGCCUUCCUCACCAGCCAAAGCCCCUGAGACAGAUCCCAUUGAUGUAGCUGCACAUUUACAGUUACUGGGUGAAUCUCUGAGCCUCAUUGGACACAGACUGCAGGAAACAGAGGGAAUGGUGGCUGUUUCUGGAAGUUUGUCAGUACUCCUAGACUCAAUCAUCUGUGCUUUGGGCCCACUGGCAUGUCUGACCACACAACUGCCUGAGUUGAAUGGCUGCCCAAAGCAUGUUUUGUCAAACACGCUAGACAACAUUGCCUACAUCAUGCCUGGACUUUGAUGGGAAAGGAUCCUGGGAUGUACUCAGCCUCUGUGUAACUGACUUGUGUAUGUGCACUACACCAACGUUCCCAAGGGGCUCCAUGUGGAGGCUUUUAAAGUUUUAUAUGUGUAUAGUAUAUACAUAGGAUUGUAACUAUUUGACUUCUAUUUUAUGAAAAGUUGUGAACUUAAGCUGAGAAGACCCUUUUGUGUUGGUGGGUGAAAUGUCCUCCAGUCUGAAAGUAUUUUGUAUGAAGAAUUCAGAAAGCUUUUGAGAUAUUUGCCUUAAAUUCAGGUUUAGUGGGGGAAGCAAACAGAGAAUGGACUUCUCAAUAUAAACAAGAAAGCUGUCACCAUGAGAGGGGUCAUUGAAACAGGUGGCCCAGAGAGGUUCUUGACCUUCCUUCCUUGAUGAUAUUCAAAAACUGAAUGAGCAGCCUGCUCUAGUUGGACUUGCUUUAAGCAGGGAGAUGGACCAGAUGAUGUCCUGCUGUCCCUGCCUAAACUAAAGUAUUCUGAUAUUCUGUGGGCAGGUAGAGAUUACACAUUUUGGACCAGGGAAUAGAACUGAAUUCUUCACCAGCCCUAUUUGUAACUAUUUCUGUUUAAAACACACUUCUUGAGGGAAAAGCUGGAUAGCUUUUUGCCUCUUGGUCACUUUCUCCAACCCCCAAGCCUCAGUCAGUAAUAACUGAAAGUUGUCAGUGUUGGCUGGCUGGUCUGCUAGCUGGUAUUUGAAGUGAAGUAGAUGACAACAAGUUUAUUUUUUCCUUGGGGACUGAAAUCAUUAUUAGCAAAAUGUAUCAACCCAUUGCACUGGCUUGAGACAAUGAACCUCCUGCUGAUUUUUCCACGGCAUGGUCAGCCUGCUUUGAUGGAAAGGAGUAGAGAAGCAGAUGGGAAAAACUUGGAUUGCUUCUGCCCAUCUUGCACCUGUUUUGUGAAAUGGCUCAUCCACCAUCUUUCUCACCAGCACUAUUGCAGGAGCUGUGGUGCUGCUGCAAGGCAGCGACCAGUGGCCAGUUUGAGGCAGUUAUGGCCAAGUAAGGCACAUGUGGGUGGAUUGACUGGUUUCCCUUCCUUCCAGCCACAUACUUGGAGUUUGGUUUUCUGCUCCUCUGGAAAGGGAGCAGCAGGAGAACACUUGAUUCCUGUUUAGGCUUUUGUCUGUGUGUAUGUAUGUGUAUGUGGUGUUCAUAUCACAUGUAUUUAACUUUUACCAAUAUCUGUAACAGAUUUUAAUUUAUCCUGUAUAUUUCUCUGUGUGUGUGUGUGUAUAUAUUUAUAUAUAUAUACAUAAUUUAAAAGCAAAAAUUCCUCCCUCAGCCAACAGUGUGUGAAAAAUGUGAAUCAAGUUUGUCUCGGCUCACUUCCUGCAGGAAUCAACUCUAUGCAUAGUAGUAAGCAUGGGCAUUGUGUAAAGAAACACCAGGAAGAUUCUAAGAGUUUGUAGAAACAGGCUAUCUUGUGAAGGUGGGCAGAACAACUGAAAUAUCAUUUGACUCAGGCCUUAUCAGCUCUGUAACAGGAAAGUUUUAAAAUUAGAGAAGAGGCAUUUUUUACUUCCAAGUAAGUCUAGCUUCUGGUUUUUAGGACAGUUGAAAGUGAGCUGUCCUUCAUUGUGGCUGAGUCCCAAAUCAGAAGUAAAUUAAAUCCUGGGGUGUAGAGGGUUUUUCUCCCCAUGCCUCUUUGCCACGUAUUCCCCAGAUGUGCCUAUACAAGGUAGUCUGUCUCUUACAGAACUUUUCUCAGUGCAGUGAGGGGUUUUCUCAGCAGAGGAGGCACAGAAGGUUCUCAGACCAUCAGGCCAAAACACAUUUUAACAGCUUAGGAUAAAUCCCAUUGAGCCUGGAAAUAGGAAGGGCCAGGAAGGAGGCAGUCCAAUCCUGCUUCAGAUCCUGGCCCAUACUAAAGCAUCUGCUGUUGCAAGCAGCACAAAAUAACUGGCUCUUUCCAGUCCUUCACAGCUGAGAGCAUUGUGGUGAAGGGGUAGAUCUGCUUUUGAAGAAACAGAAGGGGAUCAACCUUAGCUUUGUCCUCUGUACAACUGAAAACUCUUGAAGAGUGAAAAACACCCUGGUGUAUUGUAUUUUUAUUAAAAUUUGUACACUUUGUAUAAUCUGUAUCUUGUGGUAUUUGGUACUAUAGGGAAACUUUGUCAAGACUUAGCAGUUUUUAUAUUUUUGUUAUUUCUUUGCUGUUUGGUCCAGAUUACAUUACAAUUAUACACAGACUUUUUUGUACUGUACUUACAAUAUAAUUUUUUUU